AUGCCGGCGACUGAUCACAAUCAAGGCUCGUUCCUGAACCGCAUAAGCAUCCGCCGGAGCCAGUUCGCCGCCGUCGAUCACAUCCACGACCAGGAAGUCGUUGACCUUGACCUCUUCCAGAGACACGUCUCCGAUCGCUUCUCCCUUCUUCUAUCACCUUCCACCACCACCACCACCACCACCACCACCACAGACUCACACGAGACGCACCACACUCAUCCGCCGCCGCCGCCGCAGAUACUCUCUAUCUCCUGGCUGCGCAACCUCCUCGACGCCUUCCUCUGCUGCGAGGCGGAAUUCAAGGCCGUCCUCGUCUCCGGCCGCGACCCGGCCCAGUUUUCACGGCCGCCGCUCGACCGCCUCGUACCGGACCUCCUCGAACGCUCCGUCAAGGCCCUCGACGUCUGCAACGCCGUCACCCACGGCGUCGAUAUCGUCCAGCACUGGCACAAACUCGCCCAGAUCGCCGUCACAUCCCUAAGUCAGAAUCCCGUCGGAGAGGGGCAGGUCCGGCGAGCAAAGAAGGCCCUCACCACCUUGCUAACCCUCAUGGUCUCCGAUGACAACAAGGAGAACAACGCCACCACCACCACCACCAAUAACGCUCACGCCACCAAAUGGGCGGACAGAACCCGUUCCUUCAGCCGCCGUGGCGCCGCCGCCGCCACCACCACCAAUAAUAAAGAACGCCCCACCGGUAAAAACCUCCGGUCACUUUCAUGGUCCGUGUCGAAAUCCUGGUCGGCGGCGAAGCAGAUCCAAACAAUGUCAGCCAAUCUGGUUGCGCCACGUGGCGCCGAGUCGACCGGGCUGGCGCAGCCGGUCUACAUAAUGAACACACUAAUCGUAUUCAUAACGUGGGCACUCGUGGCGGCAAUCCCAUGUCAGGAGAGAAACGGGCUGCCGACGCAUUUCCAGAAUAUUCCGAGGAAUCUAGGGUGGGCCCAGCCAUUGAUAGGGCUGCAGGAGAAAAUAGGAGAAGAGUGGAAGAAGAAGGAGAAGAAAGGUACAGCUGGAUUGUUGGAGGAGCUGAAAGAGAUGGAGAAGGUGGCCAAUUCGCUACUCGAAUUUGCCGACGGAUUUGAGUUCCCGAUGGAAGAGGAGAAGGCGGCAGGGAUGGCGGUGAAGGUGGCGGAGAUGGGGGAGAUAUGCCGGAGGAUGGAGGAGGGGCUGGGGCCCCUAAAUCAGCAAGUUAGGGAAGUGUUUCAUAGGAUAGUGAAGAGUAGAGCAGAGGUUCUUGAUGUUCUUGAUCAUAUUCAAGUCUGUAAACACUCUGCACCACUUCCUUAUUGAUCCAUCACUCACCAUUUUCCAUUUUGUGUACAUUUAUUUAUUUUAUUUUAUUAAUUAUUGGAAUUUACGAGUUCA